CCCUUCAAAAUCACGAGCUUGUAGGAGUGGGGACCAAUUUCUUCGAAUUGUUAGCUUCGUUAUGACUUGAAUUUUUCGUAUUGAAUCUCCUGAUUGGAUGAUUCUCUUUUCAGCUUUUGGCCUUUCAAGUACUUCUCGUUUAAAUCGAAGUAAACACUGAAAUACUGCGUGCGAGGGAAGAUGAGAUCAUGAGAAGGAACUUGCAACAAUAAUAAGAGGGAAGGGAAAAAUUGGACUUAUUUGGAUAUUAACAGAACAUAAGUGGUAACGUGUUUGUGUAUUUCAUUGUUUGUGAUUUAACUCAAACGUUGUGGAACGCGUAGUUAUAUAUUGACAUCUCGACUUGAAAACACAGUGGUACUGUGAGUACACCAAAUAAGUGUACUAGUGUACGUUGUCCCUACGUAUUAAUAAGAAAAAGAUAAAGUUUAAGUUCUGUUUUCUUUUAAUUAAAAAUGAGUACUAAUCGUAGUAAAGGAACACACAAAAGUGGAGAAUCUGCACGAAAACGUUAUAGACGGUCAGAAUCUCCCAGCAGCUCGGAAACUGAAGAUAAAUAUGUUCCAUAUGUUCCUGUCAAGGAGAGAAAGAAACAGCAGUUGUUAAAACUAGGACGUUUGACUCAGCUUAAAGAUGAAUUUGGUCAGAAGGGAAAAUCAUCUAGUGAGAACGAACGUGAUGAAGAUGAUGAAGAUGGGCAAGUAUGGGGCCGUAAAUCAAACAUAAGCUUACUUGACCAACAUACUGAGCUCAAAAAAAUGGCAGAAGCCAAAAAAGAGAGUGCAAUGGAAAGGCAGUUAAAAGAAGAAGAGAAAAUUUUGGAAAGUGUAGCUGAGAAAAAAGCUUUAAUGGGUGUGGCUGAAUUGGCCAAAGGAAUUCAAUAUGAAGACCCCAUAAAAACUAGUUGGAAACCUCCACAAUUUAUUCUUACUAUGUCUGAAGCUCGACAUGAGCGUGUGAGAAAAAAGUUAAGGAUACUUGUUGAAGGAGAAGAUGUUCCACCCCCUAUUAAACUAUUUAAACAAAUGAAGUUUCCUCGCGGCAUUCUAGCUGGCUUAGAGAAAAAGAAUAUUGUGAAGCCUACACCAAUACAAGUUCAGGGUAUACCAACUGUGUUGGCAGGCAGAGAUAUGAUUGGAAUAGCAUUUACUGGUAGUGGCAAAACGCUGGUAUUUGUUUUGCCUCUAAUAAUGUUUUGCCUUGAGCAAGAAACCCGAUUGCCAUUUAUUAAAAAUGAGGGCCCAUAUGGCCUUAUCAUAUGUCCAUCACGUGAAUUAGCUAAACAAACUCAUGACAUUAUCUCACACUAUUGCACAUCUUUACAACAACAUGGUGCCCCAGAAAUUCGAUGUUGUCUAGCUAUUGGUGGAAUUCCAGUGUCAGAAUCUGUGGAAGUUAUAGGCAGGGGCGUCCAUAUUAUGGUAGCAACACCAGGUCGACUUAUGGACAUGCUUGAUAAGAAGAUGGUACGUUUGGAUGUUUGUAGGUAUUUGUGCAUGGAUGAGGCUGAUAGAAUGAUUGACAUGGGGUUUGAAGAAGAUGUGAGAACAAUUUUUUCAUUUUUUAAGGGUCAGCGUCAGACAUUACUUUUUUCGGCCACAAUGCCCAAAAAGAUCCAAAAUUUUGCACGCUCAGCUCUAGUGAAGCCUGUUACAAUCAAUGUGGGAAGGGCUGGAGCUGCAUCAAUGAAUGUUAUUCAAGAAGUUGAAUAUGUGAAACAAGAAGCAAAAAUUGUUUAUCUUUUGGAAUGCUUACAAAAGACACCACCACCAGUUCUCAUUUUUGCUGAGAAGAAGCAAGAUGUAGAUGCAAUACAUGAAUAUCUUCUCUUAAAGGGUGUAGAGGCUGUUGCUAUUCACGGAGGGAAAGAUCAGGAGGAACGUUCCCGUUCCGUUGAAGCAUUUAGAAAGAACCAGAAAGAUGUUCUUGUAGCUACUGAUGUUGCAUCUAAAGGUCUUGAUUUUGCUGAUGUGCAACAUGUAAUAAACUAUGAUAUGCCAGAUGAUGUUGAAAAUUAUGUACAUCGGAUUGGUCGUACUGGACGGUCAGGGAAGACUGGUAUAGCUACUACAUUUAUAAAUAAAGCUAAUGAUGAAUCAGUUUUGCUGGAUUUGAAACAUCUGCUGAUGGAAGCCAAACAAAAAGUACCUCCUUUCUUAGCUGCCCUUCAAUCAGAAAAUGAGAAAUAUUUGAAUCUUGGAGAUGAACGAGGAUGCAGUUAUUGUGGUGGUCUGGGUCACAGAAUUACAGAUUGUCCCAAACUAGAAGCUAUACAAAACAAACAAGCUUCCAACAUUGGAAGGAGAGAUUAUUUGGCUAGCAAUGCAGCUGACUAUUGAAAAUCUAAGUUUUGUUGUAUUUUUAAAGUAUUAGUUACUUUAAGAAAAAAAUGAAUAAUUUGCCUUUGUAAAUAAUCAAUAAUUUAAUUAUUUUGUUUGGUUCCAAAGAUCUUCUCCUAGAUUUGUAUUAGUAGGGUUUGCUAAAAUUGAGGUAAAUGUUAUUGUGAAUAAGGAGCUAGUGGUGCUAUGAUAUAACAGUAUAACAUUUCUAUAACUUUGACAUAUUAUUUGUCACCCCCACUUAUCCCAAACUGGAUCGGAAGGGUCUUCCCAUGCUUCAUCUUUCUCACAGUUAUAAGUUCCCCAAUUUUUUACUUUCUCACUUUAGUUUAUACUUAAGUUUUUAUAACGUGGCGCAUCAAGGCCUGACUUCACAAUGGAAUGUCACAGCAUUACAUGCCUUUUUCAGUCGUGGCGUUAGAUGUUGCAUAAUCGCGAACGCAUCAAGCAAAUAUUUUUAUUUAUAUGAACUCCUUUUUCUGUAAAAAAAAAAAUUACCAAGUUAUUUCAUUCUAUUUUGUUGUUGGAUAGCAUGAAUUGUACAGAUCUCAUUUUCAUUGAAGUUCCUGAUUUUUUGAACAUUGCAAAUGUUAUAUUUUUUCUUACAUCUACAAUUAUGUAGGUAAAUUUUCUUUUUUCAUAAUAAAAUGUGUUCAUCAGAAACCUCUUCAAAUAAGUUAGAGUUAAA